AUGAACCGAGCUUUCCUCAAGAAAUGGGCUCCUGCUGAGACCCUCCCUAUCUUUGGUAUCGUCGGUCUCGCUGUUGGUGGUGCUUCUUACUACCUCUACAGACUCUCUCAAGGACCUGAGGUCGUUUGGGACAGACACGGUGACUGGAGACCUUGGGACAAGAUCACUCACGACACCAACCAAAAACUCAUCACGGUCAACCCUGAAUUCUGGGAGAAACGAAGACAAUUCGUCAAAGAACAAAAGGCCAACACUGAACGAGCCGUUGACCAAAUCUAA